AUGGAUAUUCGUGCAGUAGUUGCAAUAGAUUUUGGUACCACAUUUUUCGUUCUUCAAUAUGAUUCUAAUUAUCAAAAUGUCAUUAAAUGGGGAAAUUCUGCUUUAUCCCAAAAACAAUCAAAACACGAUCGUAAAAAUAAAGAUUUAUCAUCUUCAAAAACUGUAGAACUUUUUAAACUUUAUUUAGGAAAUAUUCCACAAAAUGAAAAACCACUACUUCCCUAUCAAUUAAAUUAUGAAAAAGCAAUAAGUGAUUAUUUACGCGAAUUAGCAGAGUUCGAAGAUCGUGCAAGAUAUACUAUGAGAAAAUGUCUUUAUAAUGCUGGGUUGACGGACUGUAAAGAAUCAAAGAAAGUUGAAUUUACAACUGAACCUGAAGCUGCUGCAAUUUAUUGUGGAACUGUAGACCUUACAACACGUAGAUUAUUAAGAGAUAACAAACUCAGUGAAAUCAUCGAAAGAACUGGAGAUUUUUGUGGCGGAUCUUAUGUCGAUCGAGAAUUUCUUAAAUUCCUUAGUCGUAAGCUUGGUGAAUCGACUAUAAAUCUGCUUAGAGAGAAUAAUUAUGGAGAAUUUAGCGAAUCAAAAUACUUACAAAUGAGAGUUAAAGAAGAAUUCGGAAAAUUGGUUUCAUCAAUUAUUAUACCAAAGCAACCUAUCGCAGCUAUUGUUCGUGGUGCUUGUGACUAUACAGUCAAACCUUUAUAUAACGAUAUGUCGGAACAUACAAUAUUGAGUAGACGGAGACCCGAUAGACAGAAAAAAAAUUUUAAGGGAAAUGAUAAAACUAAAAUUACGAAAUUUCAUCGUUUCGUUACACGAGGUACAAAAGUUGGAAUUGAUGAGGAAUUUCAUAUAGUUAGAUAUCCUCUUGAGCCGGGAUGUCAUUCGAGAUAUAUAACAACUGAAUCGAGCGCUGAAUUUUGUGACGAACUUGGUAUGAAACUACUUGGUACGUUAAGUAUAGAAUUACCAGAUGUUCAUCUUGGAUUAGAUCGUAAAGUUGAAUUUUCGCUAAUUUUUGGAAAAUUGUACCUUGUUGCUAAAGCAAAAAAUUUACGGUAUAGAAGAAUCUAUGAUACUAGUUUUGAAUUAGAUUUUUAA